AACAACCUUGAGGCCGGUUCUAGCUCCCCCCCCCCUUCUCCUCUCCUCUUUUGAAUCGCGUUAGGGUUGGGAACGCCAAAAUAAAUAGAGACGGUGCGGUGCUUCGUUUGCCACUUUCUUCUUUGGGGUGCGAUCAUGGGGAACAGCAGAAGCAAGCCAGAGUCGAUAGGUCCUGCUUCGGUUUCAGGUAGCCCGCAAUCGUCAGAGGAAAUUGAGAUACGGUCCGAGGACAUUGACUCCAGUCCUCCAUCGCAGAUCUUCCAUUCAGCUCCUGCUUCGGUUUCAGGGAUUGUUCAUCAAUUUUUCUCAUCAUCACGUACACCGCAAUCGGUGGAGGAACUUGAGAUAUGUUCUGACUACAUCGAAGGCGCUCCACCUGAACAUGGCAGCAGCAAGGUGCUUAUGCUUGGGAGUCUAGGAUUGAUGGAGCCUCCGGAGGUCACACAAUGGCAGACUUACACGGAGAUCUACUUGAUGGAAAACCGGUUAACUGAGUUGCCCCAGGAUCCUCGGUGUCCUGUACUCUUGGUCUUGUUUCUGAAUAGAAAUUACAAGCUCAGAACAUUUAGUCCGUCUUUCUUCGAUUACAUGCCUGCUCUUGAAAUCCUGAAUUUAUCCAGAACGCGAAUCAAGUCCUUGCCAGAGUCUCUGUUCAGGUUAAGCCGCCUAAAAAGACUAUUCUUGACUCACUGUGAGAUGCUGAGCGUGUUACCUCCGAAAAUUGGAGAACUUCAGCAGCUUGAGGUGCUUGAUCUGGAAGGGACUGAGAUCAUGGAUCUGCCCCAGGAGGUUGCCAAGCUAACAAAGCUCACUUGCCUAGAAUUAUCCUUUUGCCCACGCGUAAAUCGGGGCACAAAAUCUGCGAAAGCGAAUGCAUUGAUUCCUCAAGGCACUCUUUCCGCGCUAUCUCAACUAGAAGAAUUAAGUAUUGAUGUAAAUCCAGAGGAUGAGAGGUGGGAGAGUGUUGUGGAAGCUAUUAUCGACGACGUUUGUGGCUUGAUAAGUCUGGAUACACUUAAACUGUACCUUCCACGAGUGGAACAUCUGAGGAAAUUCAAAUGGUUUGGUACGUCCAUGGUGUGUAGAUUGUUGUCACAUUUCAAAUUCAUUGUUGGCAGUCACGAUGAACGCAUCAUGUCUUGUCUCCCGGUGGAUCUUGAGUUUGAAAUGGAACGCUGGGAUAGAUCCCUGAAAUAUGUAAAUGGUGUCGGGGUGCCUAUAGAUAUCCAGAAGAUGCUUCGGCAUGCUACUGCAUUUUUCUUAGACCGCCAUACGGAUGUCACUAAGCUAUCUGAUUUUGGGAUUGCGAACAUGGAGCAACUGAAAUGCUGCAUAAUUGGGGAGUGUAACGAGAUUCGGGUUAUUAUUGAUGGAACUGACAUGUACGAUGAAGCUGAUAGAAGUGAAAUUGUAUCAGAAACAUGGGAGGAUGACACGGGGUUUCUCAAGUCACUUGAAUAUCUCUAUGUAUAUCAUAUGAAGAGUUUGAGGUGCAUCUAUGAGGGGCUGCCGCGUCGAGGAUCCUUGUCUCAUCUUAAAUGCUUGGCCUUAGUCACAUGCCCUCAGUUGACUACCAUAUUUACACCUGACCUACUGAAAAACCUUGAUAGCUUAGAAGAGCUCACAGUCGAAGACUGCCCACAUGUCUCAAGUUUAGUGACGCGUGAAGAUACUCCUAUUGACGACAGUACUUACUUUCUCGCCAACAUGAAAAGGAUAUCCCUAUCCUCAUUGCCAGAGCUCAUUAGCAUUUCCAGUGGCUUACGCAUUGCACCAAACUUGGAACGAAUGAGCAUUAUCGAUUGUCCAAAUCUCAAGAGUCCAUCACCUGAUGAAAUCUGUUGCAAUCAUCUGACAGGGACUAAAGCACAAAGCAUUCCAAAUGAUGCAAGCAGAGAGCAGCCUGCUCCUACUGUGGUUUCGUAUACAAUUACAACCACUGUUAAUGCAGACAGUUCAACUUCUAAACUCAAAAGAAAACCUAAAGUUGCUUCUUGGCUGCGGAAAUUUAAAUUUAAUGAUCUUAAGUUAGCUGCUGGAAAAUUUAGUGCUGCAAGUCCUCUUGGUAAAGGUGGUUCUGGCUCUGUACGUGGAUUGACGAAUGAGGUAGUUAAAGUCACUCUUCAGCUGCGGAAUUUUUCAUUAGAGGAUCUUAAGUUAGCUACAAGAAACUUUAGUCCCGAGGGUCUGCUCGGUCAAGGCGGUUUUGGCCGAGUCUUUAAGGGUUGGAUUGAAGAAAAUGGGACUGCUCCUGCGAGCCCUGGCACUGGGCUGACUGUUGCUGUUAAGAUUUUCGAGCUAAGUGGGCCACUGGCUCACGGACGAUGGCUGGCUGAAUUGAGUAUUCUUGGUCGUCUAGUGCAUCCGAAUUUGGUAAAGUUAAUUGGAUAUUGCGUGGAAGGCAACCAAGGGCUGCUUAUAUAUGAGUAUAUGCAACGAGGGAGCUUGGACAAUCACCUCUUUGAAAGUAUGCGCACUUGUCCUUUAAUAUGUGCUUGGUGCCCUUAAUGGCUUGUCCUACAUGUCCUACAUUAUGUUCAUAGUAUAUAAGUACUCACGUGAAACAAUCCACCCAUAGCUGGAUACGGAAGUCAUGUCUCCCAAGAAAACUAUUUGAUGGCUGCUAGAAUCUGGAUAAUAAUUUUAAGGAGAAAAAAAUGUUACUUCUCCUUAUUGUGGACGUCUUUCCAGAAGAUUGUAGGGUUCGGAACCGUAAUUUCCUAGAUAAUUCUUCAAUGCUCAUACUCUGUUGAAUGUUCUUCUGCCUGAAAUGUUUUUAUGUAAAUUGCUUUUUUAACGUUGGUGCCACCGACCAAAGGGAUGCAAUACCAGAGACUUUCAAUGUUUA